AAAUGAGGAAGAAGAGUUACUAUGUACGCAGAGAGUUACAUAAAAAAAGAAUGUGAUCAGAGAUCAGCAUCAUUUAAAGAAAACACUUCAACCAACACCUUCAUCACUCUCUAGAGGCUAAAGUAUGAAGAUGGUUUACCAUGGAGAGGAUCGUGUAUAUGGAAACAUCCCUGAUGUCUCAGCCAGGAGUGAAGACAGGAAAGGGGCUGCUGCAGAGGCCGGUAUUAAACGGUACAGGCUGGCUGUUGUGAUCCUUGGGAUCCUGUGUGUGAUACAAGCUGCUGUCAUCAUUUUCCUUCUUCUUUCACUCCUUUCAGAGAGACGCGAGUUCGAGAGAACCAAACUUGAUGUUGAGGCUGGUUUCAAAAACCUGACUGAGGAGAGAGAGGACCUGAAGAGGAAGCUGAAUAGCUUAGCUCAAGGAGGAUGGGAGUAUUUCAGCGGUAGUUUCUACUACAUUUCUUCUAUUGAGAAAACCUGGAAAGGAAGUAGAGAUGACUGUAUUCAAAAGGGUGCAGACCUGGUGAUUAUCAACAGCAAAAUAGAAGAGGAUUUCAUAAGAAAAUCUCAGAAGAUCGUGUGGAUUGGCCUGACUGACUCAGAGACAGAGGGGACGUGGAAAUGGGUGGACGGGACUCCACUGAAUGAAAGCUACUGGGCUUCUGAGGAGCCUAACGGUGGGGAAACGGAGAACUGUGGUAACACAUUUCAUUAUGAGAAGGAAAACAGCUUGAAUGAUUCACCCUGUUCCAUGUCACACUCUGGGAUCUGUGAAGUGAAAGUCCGUCCAUAACUCUCCAUCCAAACCCACCAGACAGAAAACUAACAACGAUAAAUAUAUUGCUGAUACAAUUUAAAUCUCCACAAAAGCAACCUGAAUGUGCUCAUCUGGACACAUCAUUUCCAAGUAAAAACAGCAUUUUAGGAUUUGCCAGCUCAGUGGGUGAUAAUCUGGAGCCUGGUGAUUUGCUCUGCAGUAAAGUGACCUGUUAACAUCUAGAAACUAAUGUCCAACCAGUUCACUGCUUUGGCUGAAAAGAA